AUGGAAGAGAUCACGGAACAUCGUUCUGAUGAGAAGGCAGUAAAGAUGAAAGAUGCCUUUUAUCCCCUCGCAAGUGGAGCGCAACGAAGACGGCACACAACAGCAGGGUGGGACUUCUACGUUACUUGGAAAGGUGGUUCCUCAAAUUGGAUACCUCUGAAAGAUAUGAAGGAGUCUUUCCCGAUUGAAGUGGCCGUUUACGCGAUAAGCAAGGGCAUCCAAGACGAACCCGCUUUUGCAUGGUGGAUCCCCCACGUUGUUCGAAAGCGAAAGCGAUUCCUUGGCAAAGUAAAAUCGAAGUACUGGGAACGUACGCACAAGUACGGAAUACGUAUCCCAAAAUCAAUCAAAGAGGCCAUCAAAAUCGACAAAGCAAAUUGGGACACGUUAUGGCAAGACUCAAUUCAAAUGGAGAUGAAAAACAAUCGAGUCGCUUUUGAAGAAGCUGAUGGGAUACAAAAAGAUCACGGGACACCUAGUAUUUGA